AUGAACGAACUGUUGUGCUUCCUGUUGGCCCUCGGGUUACUCCAAAAUUUCGCUCUCGCCCAUAGCAUACCCAACUACUUCACUAAAGCGCCUGUCACGCGGAGCCAGUUGGAUGUCGAGCAGGUUCGACGAGAACUGGGAUGCUGCGUAUCCAAAACCUCCACCAUCUUUGGACCCGACGAUGAUUCAUAUGUCAACGCGACUGCCAGGUGGAACCCGAUUGCGACGCCCCAAAUUCAAGUUGUUAUCGCACCUGGAGAAGAGUCCGAUGUAUCCAUCAUCGUCAAGUAUUGCAAUGAGGAUAGCAUCGACUUCUUGGCUGUGAACCGCGGUCACGGCUGGAGUCAAUCGCUCAAUACCUUCAAGGGCAUUCAAAUCAGUCUGGAGAACUUGCACAGUAUUGAUAUCCAGCCUGACGGCGCAUCUGCCUGGUUUGGAGGCGGUGUUUACGGUGGCAACGUCACCAGGUACUUGUGGGAUCGCGGGUAUGUUGCCACUACAGGAGCCUGCGACUGCGUUGGUAUGAUGGGCCCCGGUCUCGGAGGGGGCCAUGGACGGCAUGAGGGCCUCUACGGCUUGAUAAUCGACAACUUCAUCCAACUCAAUGUUGUCCUGGCUAGUGGUGAGUCCGUGAAGGUCAGCGAAACAAGCCAUAGCGAUCUAUUCUGGGCAUUGAAGGGCGCAGGACACGGCUUCGGCAUCGUUACCAGCUUUGAGCUGAACAUAUUCCCUCGCGGCCCCGACACGUGGCACUACCAUAACUACGUCUGGCGGGAUGACAAACUCGAGGAGGUUUUCGAGGCCCUGAACCUCUUCCACAGCAAUGGGUCUACCCCUGUUAAUAUGACGGCCAACUUCGGAAUCUUUCUGGUGAAUAGAACGAUAUCGAUCGAAGAGCCCGUCAUCUUCUGGACUUUCGCCUACCGAGGGUCUGCGGAAGAAGCGGAACAACACCUGGCGCCAUUCAACGCGAUCGAGUCUGCUUAUGACGAGUCAGACGACGGUCCCUACCCUUCUAUUUCUGCGGCGCAACAAAUGAACGAGGAAUCCUUCUUCUGCCAAAAGGGCACUACGCGAGCCAUUGCUGCAGUAGGGUUGCAAGUUUACAACCUGACCUCUGAGCGCCUCAUAUUUGAGGGCUUCAAAGAGCGACUUGCCUCUGGUUCAGAACUCGCCGGAAGGACUACUAUAGUUCACGAAGGGUACUCCACCGCAGCUGUGCAGACCAAAAACCCCGACGAUUCCGCUUAUCCCUUCCGCGACGACCAUCACCUGAUGCUCCCCAUGGUCUUCGUCCCUCCUAAUAAUCCUGCUGCACAAGAGGCAGGACAGGAGUGGGUGGAUGAAAUCAAAGAGCACUGGGUGAACGGCCAGCCCGAGCGACCAACCAACGUGUAUCUCAACUACGCCAAUGGGCUAGAGCCUAUUGAGGAGUUGUACGGUCAUGAAGCCUGGAGGUUGGAUAGGCUUCGUCUGCUGAAGGCGAAAUACGAUCCUCUGAAUCGCUUUCGACAUUUCAAUCCUAUUGCUUAA